AUGAUAUCUCCUUGUGGUUCUUGCUUUUUGACCUCCAGCAGCAGCAGCAGCAGCAGCAGCAACAGCAACCGUCUGAGGUGUGAUGAGCAGCUCUCAUGCUCCAUCUGCCUGGAGGUGUUCACUGAGCCCGUCACCACCCCCUGUGGACACACCUUCUGUCACAGGUGCAUCACAGAUUACUGGGACAGCAGUCCCCAGACGCGCUGUCCUCUGUGUAAGAAGAGGUUCAGACAGAGACCAGCUCUGCUCUGCAAUACUAGCUUCAGGGAUGUCGUGGAGCAGCUGAGGAGCAUGUCCCUGCUCAGCCCCACAGAGGAGCAGCAGGCCGGCCCAGGGGAGGUCCCCUGUGACAUCUGCCUGGAGCCCAAGCACAAAGCCCUCCAGACCUGUGUGGAGUGUAUGGCCUCCUUUUGUCCAGUGCACUUGGAGCCUCACCAGCGAGUGGCCAGUCUGAAGAAGCACCAGCUGACUGACCCACAGCCUCACUUGGACCGCAGUCUCUGCUCUGCCCACGGCAAGAUGCUGUCACUCUUCUGCAAUGCUGACCAAUCCUGCAUCUGUGUCACAUGCACCCAAGACAACCAUGCCUCUCAUCCAUACACCCCACUGGAGCAGGCAUUCCUUGAGGAAAAGCAAUCCAUGCAGCGUGCAAUAGCCCAAUUUACUGCCAUGGAAAAGAGCCAAUCCAGAGACAUCCAAAAAACCAAAUUGCACAUCAGGCAAAGUCAAAUAAAGAAAGAAAUAGACUUGAGUGAAGUCGAGAAAGUCUACACUGCACUGAUGGAUGUAAUAAGCAAAGACAAAGAAAGGCUGGUCCAGGUAAUCGAACAAAAGUACAACGAUGCUUCAAGAAAACCCCAAGAAAGAGUUUUUCAGCUGCAGAAGAAAAUCGUUGAAAUCCAGCUGAGACGCGCUAAGAUGGAGGAGGUUGUUCAAAUUGACAACCAUCUGUGGUUUCUUCAGAGUAAACCGAAACUGCCUGUUCUUCCGCACAAUGAUGAUCCACUAGAACAGUACGACCCCAACGACGAAAACGGUUACGGUGGGAUGGUCAAAUUUGCAGUGGAACGAAUGAAGGCUAUUGUGGGCGAAGAGAUGGACAAACUUCUUCUGAGAUUCAAAUAUCCAAACUACGAUACGGACGUGUCACUUCAAAACGCGCUGCAAGUCUGGACACCACCUAAAGACCGCCCGAGUGAUGGCGCCUGGAUGUUGUGCACGCUAAAUAAAGGUGGUGGACUGAGAUAUUUUCAGUCUGUGGACAACUGGCCUCAAAAAGUGGGCGUGUUUGUAGAUUACGAGAAAGCGGAAGUGUCGUUUUAUGACGUGAACGCCAGGGUUCUCAUGACGUCGUUCCGAGAGUGCGUGUUCAAUGAGCCAGUGUCCCUCCUGAAGUCUGCCCUUUACGGUUUGGGGGGUGCCACUGCAGACAAUACAACCAAGCUCUACCCAGUGUUUGGUGUCUUCAAAUGCUUUAACUCACUUGAAAUCACUCCAGUAGACACCACUUUUUAA